AUGGAUAAAGAUGACUCUCUUCAACUUUUUAGCCAUCAUGCAUUUAGAAGGGACCAACCUCCAGGAGAUUAUUUGGAUCUCUCAGAAGCUAUGGUAAAAACUACUGGAGGAUUUCCCUUGGCUCUUGAAGUUAUAGGUUCAUCUUUAUAUUUAAAGGAAAAAAGAGUAUGGGAAGGCAUGCUAAAGAAGUUGCAAAAAGUUUCCAAUAAUGAUGUCAUGGAAAGGUUGAAAAUAAGUUAUGAAGCAUUAAAAGACGAGGAGCAGCAAAUGUUUCUUGAUACUGCUUGUUUUUUUAUUGGAAUGGAUAAAGAUAUUGUAUGUCACAUAUGGGAUGGGUGUGGGUUUUUUUCUCAAGUAGGACUUCAUGCUCUUUGUGUAAGGUCUUUGGUAACGAUUAGUGAAGAAGGUGAGUUAGAUAUGCAUGAUCUACUUCGAGAUCUUGGAAGGAAUAUUGUUCGUCAAGAGAACAUAGAUGAACCAGGGAUGCGUACUCGAAUAUGGUCUCAAGAGGAUGUCUUGGAUGUACUAGAUACACAAACGGUUGGUAUUGAAUAUGCAUAA